AUGGUUCUGAUCCCACAACCCAGCAAGGCUCCGAACAUGGAGAACCUCCAACCCAUCUCUCUCACUUCCUGCGUCGGGAAGGUGGCGGAGCACGUCGUCCUCAAUAGACUAAGUAGAUAUCUCGAAGACAGCAACGUCUAUACUCACAACAUGAUUGGCUUCCGCGCCAGCCUCUCGACGCAGGACGCCAUGAAGAUUAUCAAAGAUCAAAUCAUCGACGGCAGUACCAGGGACCCCAGACACCACGAACUCGACCUCGAGAAGGCGUUUGAAAACGUUCUCCACGAAUACAUCCUGGCCUACGCCGCAGAUGUCGAGCUGGGCCCCAGGCUAUAUAACUAUGUCCGUUCGUUCCUGAGGGGGAGGAAAGCGAAGCUGCAGAUCGGCGACUUUGUCUCCAACGAGGUGCUCCUGAAUCCACGGGACACGCCGCAAGGCGCGGUCAUUUCGCCCACUCUCUCCAACAUCUGCAUGCUUGGCCUCUCAGGAAAGCUGGCCCAAGUUGAAGGUAUCAAAUACACCAUCUAUGCCGAUGACAUAACGAUCUGGUUCACCGGCGGUAACAAGUGCAAGUGGAAAGCGCCAUGCUAG